AUGAGCGAAAUUCAUAGCGACAACGGAACCGCGUUCAAAGGAGCAUCCAACGAGCUCCACCGAAUCCAUCAGAUGCUGAAAACCGACCAGGGAGAACGUAAGCAGAUUCUCGAUUGGUGCACCGAGAAUGAAAUUGCGUGGCGAUUCAUUCCACCUCAUGCUCCGCAUUUUGGCGGCUUGUGGGAAGCAGCCGUUAAGUCAGCCAAACAUCAUCUGUUGCGUGAGAUAGGCAACGUGCAUGUCAGCUACGAGGACAUGACAACUCUACUCGUUCAAAUUGAGAUAUGUUGGAACUCCAGACCGCUCACUGCAAUACCAUCCGAUCCGUCAGAUUUGAAGGCUCUGACCCCAGGUUAUUUCCUUGUAGGAACCAACUUACAAUCCGUGCCAGAAACGUCAUUAAGCGAAGUGCCGGACAAUCGACUGUCGCAUUGGCAGCUCACCCAGAAGCGUGUCCAACGAAUUUGGGCAAGGUGGUAUCCGGAGUACCUUCAGCAGCUGCAGUCUCGUGCUUUGAAGCUGAUUCCAGCUGUCGCCAUUGAACCUGGAUGUGUUGUGGUGGUCAAGGACGAUUGUCUACCGCCAACCCAAUGGCCUCUCGGGAGAAUCACCAAGGUGCACCCGAGCAAGGACGGUGUAGUUCGCCUCGUCACCCUGAAGACAGCUUCUGCAGAUUCAGUUGUGCGUCCUGUAGUCAGGCUCGCCUUACUACCAGUUGCAGAAACGCAAUCCAGUCGGUCUGACCCGUGCUCAGACAAUAAAAACGCGAAAUAA